CCGUACACCUGUGACGCGAUAAGAGGAUGUGAUAUCCCGUUUAUAUACGUAGAGAGAGAAACACUCCGAGAGUUCUAGAGAGAGAAACUCCGUCUCCAGAGAGAGAAACUGCGAGAUCUGAUCGGAACCGAGGUUAUUCUUAUUCUCCUCCGCGCGCGAUUCGUCCUUUUCCGUGCUCGUAAAACCCUAGGUUAGGAUUCUAGGGUUCGGGGAAGGUUUCAGGUCGAGGGAAAACGAAUUAGGGUUUUGGAUGUAUGGCUUCGGGGUCAAUAGUUGGAGAUGAUGGAGCCAAAGAGAAGCAGAGAUACACGGAGAGCAAGGUUUACACUAGGAAAGCGUUUAAAGGUCCUAAGAACAAAGGUAACGCUGUGAACAACGUCAACGCCGUUCCUCCUCCUCCUCCCUCCGCUGCACCUACUACCAACAGUUCUGCCACGGUCACCGCCGUUGAUUACAACAAUAAGGACAACAGCACUGUCGAUAACGGUAAUGAUAGGGUUAAGGAUAAUUGCAAUAACGUCUCGGCUCAGCCGGCGGUGGUGCCGGAAGAUGGGAAUUCAGCUCGGCUGCAUGUGAAUUCGAGGUUGGACGCGGUUUCGGAUGACUCCUCCAGCCUGAACCGUCUACAGGAUGAGCCUUUGAGUCAUCAUGUUCGACAGGACAGUGUUGCCGGCUUGCGAGAGCAGUCGCCGGUGCCGGAGAAUUGUGUUAGGAUCAGUUUGGCUUCGCGGUCUAAGCAGGAGAAGCGGGAGCUGAGGAGGAAGCUUGAGAGUGAGCUUGAUAGGAUUAGAAGUUUGGUGAAUAGGAUUGAAGAGAAGCAGGGGCUGCUUGGUGGUGGGUAUGGUAAUUCAAAUAUGAUGUUGGAUCAUGGGGUUGGUAAUGGGGUUGGAGCUAAGCGUGCUCGCUCGGAGGCCACACCUGCGGUUGUUCCACGAGAGCAUGCCCACACGGAGGCAGCAUCUGCCGUUGUUCCACGAGAGCGCGCUCGCUCGGAGGUUGUGUCUGCCGUUGUUCCACGAGAGCGUGCUCGCUCGGAAGUGGCAUCUGCUGUUGUUUCACGAGAGCCUACCCGGCCGUUGCAUCAGUUGAGUGUGUCAGUGUUGGAGAAUAGUCAAGGGGUUGGUGAAAUUGUGGAGAAGGAGAAGAGAACACCCAAGGCGAACCAGUUCUAUCGCAAUUCAGAGUUCUUGCUUGGGAAAGAUAAGUUUCCACCUGCAGAGAGUAACAAGAAGUCUAAAUUGAAUGGGAAGAAGCAUGGCAUGAGUGAGAUGGGACAUGGACAUGGAAUGGGAUCCAAGCUCUUAAAGAGUUGUAGCUCAUUGCUUGAGAAGUUGAUGAAACACAAGCAUGGUUGGGUGUUUAAUUCUCCGGUUGACGUUGAGGGUCUUGGUUUGCACGAUUAUUUUAGUAUCAUCACACAUCCAAUGGACUUGGGUACUGUUAAGUCCAGGCUGAACAAGAAUUGGUACAAAUCACCCAAGGAGUUUGCUGAGGACGUGAGACUCACAUUUCGCAAUGCCAUGACUUAUAAUCCCAAAGGGCAAGACGUUCAUGUAAUGGCAGAGCAGCUAUCAAAUGUGUUUGAGGAAAGAUGGGCUAUAAUAGAGUCAAAUUACAACAGCAAUAUGAGAUACGGCCUAGAUUAUGGUGCAGCUAUCCCUACACCUUCGCCUCUGUCUAGAAAGGGUCCUUCAUUUCGGCCCCCGCCAAUUGAUAUGAGACGGAUUUUGGAUAGGUCAGAAUCAAUGACACAACCUCCAAGAAUCAUGAGCAUCACUCCUUCUUCUCGAACCCCUGCUCCCAAAAAGCCCAAGGCAAAAGAUCCUCAUAAAAGAGACAUGACAUAUGAUGAGAAGCAGAAACUUAGCACAAAUCUUCAGAGUCUACCUUCUGAAAAGCUAGAUGCAAUUGUACAGAUCAUUAAAAAGAGAAAUUCAGCACUUUCCCAACAUGAUGAUGAAAUUGAAGUGGACAUUGAUAGUGUGGAUACUGAGACUCUAUGGGAGCUUGAUAGAUUUGUGACCAACUAUAAGAAAAGUUUGAGCAAAAACAAGAGGAAGGCUGAACUUGCUAUUCAAGCUAGAGAACGAGCUGAGCAGAAUGCCCAGCAGAAGAGCCAGGAGCCAGUUAUGGUUGAGAUUCCAAAAGAAACACCAGCAGAUGAAAGGAACAUUCCCCCAUCCUCACCUGUGCAAGGGCAAAUUCAAGGGGAUAAUGGGAGUAAGACAAGUAGUUCAAGCAGCUCAAGCAGCGAUUCAGGCUCUUCAUCAAGUGAUUCUGAUAGUGAUAGUUCCUCAGCAUCUGGGUCUGAUGCAGGUUCACAAAGAACCUGAACACAUUCUGUCAGAUCUCUGAUAUUUAAGAUUAGAUACUGAUGCGAUGAUUGCCUAGUUGGUUUUUUUCUCACUUCCAGAUUAUGGAUCUGAAUUUAGCUGUUGGUUUUUUAGAGGAAGCAUUCUCGAGGCCACAUGUGAUCCUACAGAUGCAGUAUGGGAUCACUUUCUUUCAUCUGUUGGAAUUGUUGCACCACUGCUGUAUGGCCUUAUUUGUGAUAACACGAACUCUUGUAAAAUAUUUGGUAGAAUGUGAUGAUAGGUAGUUCUCCGUAGCAGUGUACAUUGCUAACUACUGCUACUCUCAUUAAGUUCCAUUGAUGACUUGUUUUGAUUUUGUGCUGGCAGAUUCGGGAUUCUUGCUGUUAUACAAAGAUAGUCUGUAAUUCAAGUUCUUGAAGUCAUUAUUGGUUCACAUGAUAUCUCAUUCCAUAUGGUAGCA